AUGAACGCGUUUAACGACGCCAUUCUUUUUGAGAAGCUAUCUAAGCUAAAUGCAUCGCAGCAGAGUAUUGAGACGCUCUCCCAUUGGUGCAUUUUCCACCGGAAGCGCGCCGAUCAGGUGGUGCAGACAUGGCAGAAGCACUUCGCGAGCGCGUCGCAGGAUCGCAAGUUACCACUGCUGUACCUCGCGAACGACAUUCUGCAGAACAGCCGCAAGAAGGGCCCCGAGUUCAUCCAGGAGUUCUGGCAGGUGCUGCCCUCCGCGCUGCAGGACCUCGUGCGCGUCGGCCCUGACAGCACGCGCAAGUCCACCCUCCGCAUCGUGGACAUAUGGGAGGAGCGCAAGGUGUUUGGGCAGCGCGACGAGCCGCUGAGGAAGCUGCUGCUGGGGGAUCUCGCCACCGCGCCGCCCGCCACGUCAGCAGCGCAGGCGGACGAACAGCCAACCGCUGCUUCCACGGCCAAGGUGCGAGGGCCGCUGGAGCGCAUAUCGUCAGUGUACGGAGCAGUGCAGGAUGCGAGCAAGGACGAGGACACGGCAGUGCGGCGGUGCAGUGCAAUAAUCAACGAGUUGCAGACCAUUGAGAAGGAACUAAACGCGCUCAAGUCGCCUGCUAAUGCCUCGGAGGCGGAUGAACGUGCGGUGGUGUUGGACAGGCUGGACACAAAGAGGCACGUGCUGCAGCAGUGCUGCGACCAGAUGGCGGCGUGUGAGAGGAAGCGAGCGCUGCUGGUGAAGCUGCUCACAGACGCGCUCAGGACACAGGAGAGCAAGCUGGAGCGCCUGAGGUCGCAGGUGGAGAUCGCACGCACGCAGAUUCUCUGUUGUCUUCCGCAAUUCCCGCUCGUUUCGUUCCCGAUUCCCCUCAUGCCGGCGGGCGCUUGCUCCGCCGCCGCUGUCGCUGUCCUCGCCAUUUGCAUGCGAUCGUUGUGCGACGGUAGAAGGUCGUGCGACAGUAGCCGACAGCCGUGCGACAGAGGUUCAGGCGUCGUCGCGCGCUGUUUAAUGCGCCCCCCUCCGCCGUCGGCGCGUCCACCCGCGCUCGCUGCGCCGUUUCCUCCCGAACCAGCUUGCCCCGCGCCUAAACUUCCCCACGGUCGUGCCCGCGCGUGCCGCGCAUUGCGCUUCCCCCGCGCUGCCAUGCGAACAACCCGCGCGGGAGCUUCUGCUGGGAAUGGCGGGGAGAGCGCAAGCGCUGCGAGACCGCAGAUUGACGGUUCCAGUGGCGGCGGCGGCGGCUCGAGCGAGUGGGCGGGCUCUGUAUGGACCGCACAGGAGAUCGCUGACGUGACAGGCGGCGCCGUCAUUAGGGACUGCCCGCCAGGGCGCGUCUGCACUGACACGCGCCAGCUGGCGCCUGGCGAUUGGUUCCUGGCCCUGCGAGGGCCGCGAUUCGACGGUGCGGAUUUCCUGGAGGAGGCGGCGCGGAGGGGAUGCGGGGGGGCGAUUGUAAUGGCGGACGGAUGGGGGGAAAAGGGGGAUGCGGGGAAUGCGGGGAAUGGGGGGGAUGCGCUGGAGGGAGGCGGCGGAACGGAGAGCGGGAAUGGGAAGGAGGGGGGAUGCGCGGAAGGGGGGGUAUCGGCGGAAGAGGGUUCAAGAGAAGAAAAGGGAGCAACGGAACCAAACGUGCCUCCGAACCUGCUGCCAGAGGGGUGGCAGGGCGGGUUUGUGGUCAUGCCAGACACGCUUGGCGCGCUGCAAGGCUUGGCGAGGGAGGCUCGGCGGAGGUUCGGCGGCGUGGUGGUGGGGGUGACAGGCAGCGUGGGGAAGACGACGGCGCGGGCUUUAACUGCCCUCGCGCUCUCGCCCCUGGGGGCCGUGCACCAGACCCAGGGCAACCUUAACAACCACAUCGGAGUGCCGCUGACUCUCCUAGCUCUCCCCCAGUCCGCAGCAGCGUGUGUGGUGGAGAUGGGAAUGAGUGCGCGCGGCGAAAUCGCCCUCCUCUCCUCCAUCGCCGCUUCCACCAUCCGUCUUCUCCUCAACGUCGGCCCCGCUCACAUCGGCGACCCAACACUGGGGUCUCUGGAGGCGAUUGCAGAGGCAAAAGGAGAGCUGCUGGCAGAUGCGAGGGAGGGAGACGUGUGCGUGGUGAAUGGGGACGACAGCCUUGUCUUGGGGCUGCCAAUAAAGGGAGGAGUCAGACGGGUCACCUUUGGUCGCUCCCCCUCCAGUGAUGUGCAGCUGCUGUGGGUACACGCAGUGGAUGGUGGUAUGGCGGUUGAAGCUUGCAUCCGCAACAACCUUGCACGCAGAGGAGGAGGAGUAGCAGACGCAGCAGCAGGCGGACGCGGAGAGGAAGGAGGGGCUGAAUCGCUUAGCAGCAAGGAGGAGGGCACUGAUUCAAGCAGCAGUGUGCUGAGUGCAGAAGCCGGGGCCGUGCGUUUGAAUUCUGAUGGAGACAUUGAUGAUACAAGGGGUGUGCAUGGGGAUGAGAGUAAUCUCGACAGCAACGGGGUGUGUGUGCGAAUCAACAGCCCCGGGUUGCAUCUGGCUGACAAUUCUCUCGCUGCAGCAGCCGUGGCGGUGGCGGCAGGCGUGCCCCUGCCAAUGGCAGCGCGACACAUGGCGCUAUACGAGCCCAUCGGGAUGCGGAUGCGGGCGGGUAGAAUCUCUACAACCGUCGUCGCAGAAGCCAAGUCAGUUACCUUUCUCGCUCCCCAGCGCCCCUCCCUUUCCGCCAAGCCCCUCUCCAUCGCUUCCCCGCACCAACGCCUUAGGCCCGCGCGGCCAGUAGCGGCGGUCGCGGCGGAAACCGCCUCCGCGGAAGACGACUCCGCGGACGUCCCCCCGCCGGGGUGCUCGCGGAUCAAAAUCGAGCUCGCGCGCCCACUGGGGAUGGUGCUGGAGGAGCGCGCGGGGGGGAUUUUUGUCGCGGAAGUCGCGCGCGGGGGGAACGCGGAGGCGACGGGGCUUGUGGACGCCGGCGACCAGCUGAUUGCGACGAGUGCGAUCGUGUUCGACAACAGCGACUCGUACGGCGGGGUCGUCGUGAAGAAGGGCAUGCGGAUCGUGCGGUUCAACGUACGCGGCGAGAAGUUUGACACGGUCAUGGCUGCAAUCGGGACACAUCCGUCGUAUCUCAAGGUCGCCAUAGAGCUGCAGAAGUGCAAGCCACUCACCAGGGACCCCACCACCUCGUAG